GGCGUCUGAUCUAAUACGUGGUCGUCUUGGCGUCAUGAAAUGCAUAUAGGAAUAUUGCAUUGUGAAUCCUUUUCUCUAAUUGCAAUGCGAUAUGCGGUAUUCUAUAGAAUUCCGAUAGUAGCAUGGACUGCUUACCUGUUGCAUAGUACCACAGUAAGAUUGAUGUUAGGUCUGUCGAAUAAGAUAGGUACUCCUAAGCGUCAGGACCGGAUAUUGUAGGGUCAGUGAAUUCGGUUACUUUUUGCUAUCAUCUCGUUGUUUCCAGGGCGAUGCUCUCGAGAAUCCCCAACCGCUUCUCAGAACCUCUAGCCUAGUUCCUAGUAGACCAGAAUUAGGUAUCAUUCAUUCCAAUAUACAUAAUCCCACAAAAGCCUGUCUUGUUGUUGGUGCUAUCGCAGCUCUCCAGUCUCGGUCCUGGAGCUCAACUCAAUCACGCCAAAGUUCGAUAUGGGCGCCUCUCCAAAGCCUGCCGCUCUUAUAAGGGCAACAGGAGAUUCAUCCCUGGCAGCGAUCGAAGAGGGAAAUGCCUACUACAUUUACGCAAGCUCCGCAGGCAAAUAUCCAAGCGAGAACAUAGAUGUUCUUAAAGAGGGUAGCUUGACGGAUCUCUUCGUUGCCUCUUUGAACGAAGACAAGGUCAUUAUUUUGUCUGAAGCCCCGAAACCCACAGCCAGUCUAGAUGACUCCGACACGACCAAACAAUGGUUGCAGGAAGUCGAUAUUGGCGCUACAGCCUCGUUGACGGUGAGCGGCUCUCCGCAGAAAAUCGAGAGCUUCUUAAUCACACUCUCGGAGCCAUGGGAGCUCACCUUCAGUUCAGCCAGCGAUGUGUUAUUAUUCACCUUCGGUGCUCCAGUCGUUGGGAGUACAGAACCAAGAAUCCAACCCCCCGGCAUUGACUCCGAAGGCGCAACGUUGAUCUGCGGCCUCGACUUCACCCAAACCGAAGACAUCACGGGUACAACACUCAAAGACUUGUUCACAUAUGCGAACGUUGGCAGCUUGGUUAAUUCCCUGCCCAGAAGCAUGGUAGAUCUGGAGGUAACCCUUAAGAAACCUACCGUGGACGAUGCCCCUCAACGGAAUGCAUUCUGGUUUACUCCUGGACUUGAUAAUCAAAUCGACGUUCGCCUCCAGUUCAGACUAUCCGUGCUAGAGCCGCUGCAGCAACUCCUCGGCUCCACCCUAAAAGGUUUCACUCUCGAGAGUGCAGACGUCGUCUUCAAAAAGAAGACGGUGCUUGCGGAAACCGAGAAUGGGGAUGAGGCAUUGAGCAGCGGCUCCGUUUCUUUCGGUAUUGGAUGCCACGUCAAGGCGAGUGCCGCAGAUGCACCACAAGUGUCAAUGGCUGCUGGUGUCGAGGUAUUCUCCUCCGCAAUUGCUCUUACCUUCAUAUUUCGCUCUGCAGACCCCCUCACGGGAAUUCUCCGCUGGCUAGCCGAACUUAUCGGAGACACUGAUCUCGAAAAAUUCGUCAACGGCAUCUUGAAUAAACAAGAAAAUAGUUCCAAGGUGUUUCGUGACUUCACUCUGAGGAGGUUGACCGUCGGUCUUAAUACUAAAGACUCAGAGACGCCCAAACUAUCGUCAUUUUCAUUUGAUAUAGAAGUGUCUGCCAACUUUGGCGGUAACCCCGCAUCAAGUCCAGCGGUGUUUUUGAUCUCGUACAAUUGGGAUAAGUUGACGGGUGGGUUCGGUACGCUCAGUGGCCAACUAUGGAAUGAAUUCGACACCUCCAACGACCUAGACCUGUUACCAUACGAAGAGAUCUGGACAAUCUUGCAGCCAGUGACAAAGUCCCCGGCCAAAUCAAUCCAAAUUGCAUCAUUGAUUCCCACUCGAGACGUGAUCAACAUCCCCGACACCUUGCCGUCUGAGAUAGAACGAGCAUAUAUUAGUCUCUCCAAGGACACAUUCGACAUUGGUGGCACUGCCACUGCAAAAGAGCCCCAGCCAGGCAAUGUCCCUCAACCGACCCUUGGCGAACUCUCUGUAGAUGCCUCUUUUCAAUGGGACGCGAGCAAAGCGUUCACUCUAGACGUUGGAAUCCGGGCUACAAUCAUCCCUAGCGAGGAAUCAAAUGACGACGACCUUCCUGCUGUUCUGGUAGGAAAUCUGAGCUACGAUUCGGCACAGAGGAAAUGGGCUCUUCAUGCCUCCCUAAGCGGCCUAUAUGCGUCAACCUUAGUCGAGUUCUUCGACGAGGAUGCAAAGGCACAUGUUGGGCCUCUAAUGCAAUCAAUUGAGAUCGAGACGCUGGACGUGAACUACACAUACGAGCCCAGUGGAGACAAGUCCAAGACCAGCAGUUUCAGCAUCCAGGGUGAUCUUAUCAUCGCCGAGCUUAGGCUGGGACUUGAUUUCACAACAGACAAGGACGGUGUCAAUUUCGUAGCCACUCUGAACCCCAAAAAUAAGGACACCAAAGUUGGAGACGUGUUGUCAGCCAUUUUCGAAGAAGAUGAGAUCGAACUUCCCCCGUUCAUCACCGACAUGGUCUUGGUAGAUGACAAUGAGGACGCUUUCAGACUUGAAAUUGCAAAGAAGACGACCAAGAUCAACGGAGUAGAGCAAAGUUCGUUCCAAUUCCUCGCUCAAAUCAACAUUGGCAACUUGCAUGUCGCAUUCGCACAGCUUCAUAGCGAAGACUGGGUUGUGGGCACCCCGUCUAAACGACUCAUCAUGGCUGCCAUCAACGGCUUCCCAGAUCUCUCAGUCGACAUUCCUCUGAUUGGCGAAUUGGAACAGCCGCUUGACGAGCUGUACUUCCUCUGGGUACAGGCGCCGCUAGGAAAGUCGGAGGUACCGCAGCCCAAUAGACAAGCUGGUCUCACACGCAAGGACCUUGCACAACUCAACGAUGGCCUACAAGAACAGCUCCUGGUCAAGGAUAAAUUCAAAGAGCCGACUGAUAAGGACCUGCUGGUCCAGGCCGGUUGUCACUUUGCUGUCAUUAUCCAUAGCUCCACUGGUGAGCGGUCCUGUCUGCUCGAUUACGCCUUCAUGAAGCCAGUAGAUGCUGUUGCCAAGAGCGACAGGACACUUGUGCGACGUCGUGUCGCCACUGCUGAGCCGCCGGCAGACACAGGAGAUGAUGAAAAAGGUGAAAGCGCGCAAGCGCCGUUCAAGAAAAAGGCAGGCCCUCUCUCCAUCACCAAUGUUGGACUUAAGUAUAAGAACAAGAAGCUGGUCAUCAUGUUCGACGCUACAUUGACGAUGGGGCCAGUAGGGUUCACGGUGCUCGGAUUUAGUCUCAAUGUUGGUUUUGUGACACUAGACAAGAUUCCGUCGAUCGACGCCACAGUUGAAGGCCUGGCGGCGGCAUUUGAGAAGCCUCCACUAACGCUUGGCGGCAUCAUUCGCCACGGCAAUGAAGGCGGUGCAGACUACUACGCCGGUGGGAUGAUCGUCGGUUUCGAACCCUGGCAAUUGCAGGCCGCUGGUUUCUACGGCGAGGUGACUCCGAAGGGUCACCCCGAAGACAAGUUCAAGUCUAUCUUUGUCUUUGCCAAAUUGGACGGGCCUUUGAUAACGCUCGAGUUUGCCGAGAUCUCGGGAAUCUGUGGUGGGUUUGGUUACAACAGCAACGUUCGCCUUCCCGGGGUGGAUCAAGUCACCAAGUUCCCUUUCGUCGCCAAUGACCAAUUUAGUAGCGCAGAUAAUGUACUAGAAGUGCUGGAAAAACUGAUUGACAUAAGCCCGAGCGGGUGGUUCCAGCCACUAGACAGCUCGUAUUGGGCUGCCAUAGGCAUGAAGGUUGAUGCGUUCCAGAUGCUGAGCGUUGAUGCUGUUGUUGUCGUGCAGUUCGGAAGCUCUAUGAAGCUUGGCAUCUUUGCGGUAGCAUUGGGGGAUAUUCCAUCGGCCAAUUCACCCAUCAAGUUUGCGCACGUCGAGCUGGGCAUAGCUGCCGUUGCCGAUUUAGACUACGGCACGCUAAAGAUCGAGGCACAGCUAUCGCCGCGCUCCUACAUAUUUAGCCAGGAAUGUCACCUCACUGGCGGCGCCGCUCUCUGCUACUGGUUUGAUGCGACUCAAGCCAAUAAGGGCAACGUCGGCAACUUCGUCUUCACUCUAGGCGGCUAUCAUCAAGCAUACGUAGUGCCACUGAGCUACCCCAACCCUCCGCGACUAGGCAUUUACUGGAAUGUAGGCGGCGGUCUCAGUAUCUCAGGCCAGGCGUAUUUCGCUAUCACGCCUAAGUGUUGCAUGGGCGGUGGCCGCCUGCAUGCCGCCUUCAGAGCAGGACCCAUCGAGGCCUGGUUCGAUGCCUUUGUUGACGUGUUGAUUAAUUACAAGCCAUUCUUCUUCAAUGCACAGGGAGGAAUUUCUGUCGGUGUGCGUUUCAACAUUGACUUCCUUGUGGUCCAUACGCACAUCUCCGUCGAGAUCGGCGCUCAGCUGUACCUCUGGGGUCCACCAGUCGCAGGCCGUGUGCAUGUUGAUUUCUGGAUCGUCGCCUUCGACAUUAACUUCGGCAAAUCUGCCAAUGACGACGAGCGUUGCACUUUGUAUCAGUUCUAUCAGCUGGUCCUCCAAUCAGAGUCAGCUUCAGUGAUGUCGCAAGCCGCUGCCAUGUUGACCACGAGAGAAGAGUUAGUUAUAGAGAGUAAUCCCCCGAUACCAAAGAACGAGGGACACAACUUCCUUGCGCAAUCUGGUCUGAUGAAUCCCGACGAAAAGACUGAACGCGCGCAGAAUGAGCAGUGGAUCGUGCGUGCUGGUACUUUCUCCUUCGUGAUAGCGUGUAAGAUGGCUAUCAAUGCCAUCAAGAACGACCCGGAAGCGGUACCCAUCAUCGUUAACAAUAACCCAGAUCCUAACAUUAAUGUCUUCGGCAAGCCAAUGAAGCUUGUGAUUCCCAUGACGUCUACUUUGACCGUGGUAGUUAAGCAAGACGGCGUAGACCACCCGGAUGUAGGCUGGCAGUACGAACGGUAUCUGAAGAGUGUGCCUCAAGGCUUAUGGGCCAAAUAUGACAGAAACGCCGACCCGCAUGAUGGCAAGAAGAAUACUGGAGACCUCCUCAAAAACGAUGCUGGAAGCAUGAGCCUUAUGAUGGGUGUCAAAAUCACAGCUCCAAAGCCGCAGUUGUCGGACGACCCGUUCCCAGCCUUCAAUGUUGACGACGCCAACCUUCAACGGCUCUUAGCCGAGAAGGCAUUCCCCCCAUUCCCCGACGCCGACCAAGCUUGGGCUCCCGACGUACCGCUCGAGGACGAGGGACAGUUCGAUGCGGUGUACACCGAUUGGACAACGCCGUCGAUGGGAGACGAGGGACAAAAAGGGUUCGUGAGCACUCUGGCACAAUGCAUGACGUGGGAUGACGUUCCAGGGCUGAAGGAAAUGGCGAGCAUUCCAACCCAACUAGCAAAGAAGUUCAAGAAUUUGUAUGUCGCGGCGCCGUUGAUAAUAAAGUAGUUAGGUAUGGAGGACCUAAGUAGUAUGUAGGUUAUUGGGUUAAGAAGCUUCGGACAUCCGUUUGAAGGAGGAAAUUGCUAUGUAAAUGAUAAGAUGAUUGAUAGAUUUAUCGGCAAUUGGUGAUUGGCUAUUUUUCCUUAGCGCAGCUCUAGUGGGGCUUGGCAAGUCCUUGAAUUUGAUUGGGUGCUUCUGUUUCUACCAAGCUGCCAAGUAAAAACAGCAUUUUCAUACUAUGUACAUUUUCCACGACGAGGAAGUAUCUAAUCG